GUGCGUGGCGCACCGAAGCCAAAGCCCGCCCCAGCCCACUUGCCAGUCGCUCGCCGGAGCUGUCCAGCCGCCUAGCGGCCACGGUGACCGCCGGUGACAGAGGCCCGCAGUGCUGGCAGCGAGAAAGUCGGAUUUGGCGUGCAAAGGUCGCGUCUGUGCAACGCGCCACGCGCCCAGAGUCCCCGAUUCUUGCGAGCAGCUCACAGCAGCGCCUGGAAGGGUAAGCUGAAAUUGCUGCUCAGCUUCCAAGAUGCGGCCACCAACACUGCAUGUGCUUUUCUGCCUCUGCAGCUGCCUCACAUUGGUUCGUCCUUUUGACUGGCCUGCUGCCCACAUUAUGCCAUCAGCACGGAUCAGUAAAAUACAAGCUCUGAUAGCUGCUGCAAUGGAUGGCCAAACUAAAAUCCCCCCAGGAAGUGGGUCUUAUUCCGUCGGUUGUACAGACUUGAUGUUUAAAUACACUAAUAAGAGUACCUUCUUGCGUUUGUAUUAUCCAUCCCAAGAUGAUGAGCGCUCUGACACCAUUUGGAUCCCAAACAAAGAGUACUUUUUUGGUCUUAGUAAAUUUCUCGGAACACACUGGGUGAUGGGCAAAAUUUUGAACUUAUUAUUUGGAUCAAUGACAACCCCUGCAAGCUGGAACUCCCCUCUGAGGACUGGUGAAAAAUAUCCACUAAUUGUUUUUUCUCAUGGUCUUGGAGCAUUCAGGACCAUUUAUUCUGCUAUUGGUAUUGACCUGGCAUCUCAUGGAUUCAUAGUUGCUACUGUAGAACACAGAGAUGAAUCUGCGUCUGCAACUUACUAUUUCAAAGACCAGUCUGCUGCAGAAAUAGGGAAAAAGACUUGGCUCUAUCUUAAAACCCUAAAAAAAGAGGAGGAGGAGGUGCCUCUACGAAAUGAGCAGGUACACCAACGAGCAAAGGAGUGUUCUCAGGCUCUCAAUUUGAUCCUUUGCGUUGACUGUGAAACGAAGAAUGUAUUGGAUUUAGAGUUUGAUAUAAAACAACUGAAGGACUCCAUUGAUAGGAAUAAAAUAGCAAUAAUUGGACAUUCUUUCGGUGGAGCCACGGUUAUUCAGGCUCUUAACGAUGACCAGAGAUUCAGGUGUGGUAUUGCCCUGGACGCUUGGAUGCUUCCACUGGCUGAAGAAGUACUUUCCAAUUUUUCUCAGCCCCUUUUUUUUAUCAACUCUGAACGGUUCCAAUAUCCUGCUAAUAUCAUAAAAAUGAAAAAAUGUGACUCACCUGGUAAAGAAAGAAAAAUGAUUACAAUCAGGGGGUCAGUCCAUCAGAAUUUUGCUGACUUCACUUUUGCAACAGGCAAAGUAUUCGGAUUCAUGUUUACGUUAAAAGGAACGAUAGAUUCGUAUAUAGCUAUCGAUCUUAGCAACAAAGCAUCAAUGGCAUUCUUACAGAAGCAUUUAGAACUUCAGAAAGAUUUUGAUCAGUGGGAUGAUUUCAUUGAAGGGAAAAAUGAACAUCUUAUUCCAGGGACCAACAUUGACACAACCAGCCAACAUGUUGCUCUACAGAACUCUACAGGAACAGAGACACAGAAUUUAGAUUAAAAGUCCUUUUUUUUUUAAAGUA